AUGAAUUUUGAUUUUCAAUAUGUCAAACCUGUCUUUGAUGCUGUCAAUUCAACUAAGGUUCCUUUAAUUAACAGAGGUGAAUCUCAUAUUACUGUCAUUACACCGCCUGAAUUUGCUGUGCUUGCUACCGCCAAUGUCACUAUUGAACAAGUAAAUAAGAUUGCUCGUGAUUUAAAGAUUCAAUCCAGCAAAGUCAAAGUGAUUUGUCUCGGAAAAGAAGAUGUUGUUGUCUCUGGUGUCGAGAAGAUUGUAUAUCAAAUCAUUGUAAGUGCACCUAACCUUGUCAAGAUUCGUGAAGAAAUCUUCAAGAUCUAUGCAAAGAAUGGUGGUAAUACUGCACUUUUUGAUCCUGAAGUAAGUGAAAUGGGUCCCAUCUAUACAUGUUGUUUUGACAGUUUAUAA